AUGUUCAAAAGGGAUAAGUCUCUUGCUUCGGAAUGCAAGAAAGAACUAUUUUCCCAAGGAGCUACAUGGUCCAUAUUGAAGAAUGAUAAAAAAAAUUUUCAUUCUUUGUCUCAACUUGUACUAUCAGCAGGCCCUCUGAAAUCAACUCCAGCAGUUAAACAUUCAAAAACUACUCACUUUGAGAUUGAAAUACUUGAUGCUCAAACGAGAAAGCAGAUAUGCAUUGUGGAUAAGGUGUCACAAACUUCUACUAUCCAUGAUGUUAAACAAAAAUUUCACAAAGCAUGUCCAAAGUGGUACCCUUCUAGAAUUGGCUUUCAGCUAGAAUGUGGUGGAGUUUAUUUGAAGGACUACAUAACCAUUCAAAGUGUUGCCUCCUCUUCAAUUGUUACACUGUAUUUUACAGACCUAGGACCACAGGUCAGUUGGAUUACAGUAUUUUUGGCUGAAUACACAGGACCUCUGCUAAUAUAUCUACUGUUUUAUUUGAGGACCCCUUAUAUAUAUGACACAAAAGAGAGUGCUAGAAGAAUGCGCCAUCCAGUGGUACACCUGGCCUGCUUCUGUCAUUGCAUACACUAUAUUCGCUGUCUUUUGGAAACCUUAUUUGUUCACAAAGUUUCUGCAGGACAUACACCUUUGAAAAAAUUGAUAAAGGGCUGUAUAUUUUAUUGGGGAUUCACCUCUUGGAUUGCCUACUACAUUAAUCACCCACGGUAUACACCACCAUCAUUUGGAAGUAGGCAAGUCACAGUAGCUACUGUCAACUUCCUGAUUUGUGAAGCUGGAAAUCAUUUCAUUAAUGUAGUGCUGUCUCAUCUAAAUCACACAGGAAAUAGUGCCUGUUUUCCAAGUCCAAAUUAUAACCCCUUCACAUGGAUGUUUUUUCUGGUUUCAUGUCCAAAUUACACUUAUGAGAUUGGAUCAUGGAUUAGUUUCACAGUCAUGACACAAACACUACCUGUUGGGAUUUUCACACUUCUGAUGAGUAUCCAGAUGUCUUUGUGGGCACAGAAGAAACAUAAGCUUUAUCUGAAGAAAUUCAAUUCCUAUACGCAUAGGAAAUCAGCAAUGAUUCCAUUUAUAUUGUAA